UUGAACUGUUGGGGGCGUUUGAUGACCGUUGGCGCAUAUACUUGACGGUCUCGUGCGUGUCCAACGUUGCAAUAAGAAAACAUUGAUUUUGAUCUGUGCGUGGUUAGAGAUCCACGGUCGUUGUGCAAAAAUGACGUCCCGUCUGGAGAAGGAACGUGCCAAACAAAUACAAGAGAAGUGUCAAAAUCUUUUGGCACAAAUGCUGCGCGAUGAGGACAGCAAAUAUUGCGUCGAUUGCGACGCGAAAGGACCAAGGUGGGCUAGUUGGAAUCUAGGUGUAUUCCUAUGUAUUCGUUGUGCAGGAAUACAUAGAAAUCUUGGUGUUCACAUCAGCAAAGUCAAGUCUGUUAACUUGGACACAUGGACACCAGAACAAGUAGUGAGUCUACAGCAAAUGGGUAAUUCCAGAGCAAGAGCAGUGUAUGAAGCAAAUCUUCCAGAUAAUUUCCUAAGACCUCAAACAGACUGUAGCCUUGAAAGUUUUAUUCGUGCAAAAUAUGAGCAUAAAAGGUACAUAGCUAGAGAAUGGGUGCCGCUACCUUUACCAAAGGUAAAUUGGGAUAAAGAACUUGACGAAGAAGCUGAAAGACAACGUAGACGAAAAAAGGAAAAUUCGAAAACCACUAAUAAUCAAUCUAUACUUCCACCUGUAAAAAAGCCAGAAGUAGUGCCUCAAUUACCGAAACCUAAAAGCUCUGUCAGUCCUAAACUUAAUAGAGCAAAUAACACUACAACUUUAGACUUAUUGGGCUUAGAUGCUCCAGCUGCAAAUCAAUCAAAUAUAAAUGGUAGCGGAGAUGAUAUAUUUUCUUCCUUUUUAUCCGCGUCUCCGGUUUUGGUAGGUUCAACUGGUAGUUGUACUUCUAGCACGACUACGAACACAUCGACAAGUAGCGGUAAAAGCGAGGAGGAAAGUUUUUUUGAUCAACCAGCACCAUCGCCUCAAGAAAAGAGUAAAAUGUCCAAAGACAGUAUUUUGGCAUUGUAUGGUACACAGGGGCAUCAACAAUCGGCAAUUUAUGGAGUACCUGGAGGAAUGUACGCUCAACAAUCUACUGUCCAAUACAAACAAGUACCAAAUAUGGUAACGUUUGGUCAUCAAAGUAGUUUUUCGAAUCAGCAAAGUUCCUUGACUCAACUAAAUCAAUUACCUGUAAAUCAGAAUCAAAUGGCAGUGAAUCCUAAUUCGUUAGGACCAGUGGCUACAAGUUCUUUAGGCAGUUGCUUACACGUAGGCCAGAUAAGUCAAAUGAACGGUGCACCUAAUCCUGCUAUUGCAAUGCAAUCCCAAAUGAUGAUGCAAUUAGCGCAGCCUAAUAUUAGUAGUAAUAAUGGAUGGAGCGGGAUGUUAACGCAAAAUCUUCAACCAGCUCCCGGUAGUAAUCCAUUUUUCAACUUAACGUCUCAACAGCAGCCACAAUCUACUGCCUUUGGCGCACAGUUACCGCAACAAAUAUCGCAACUAUCUUUAGGUGGUGCGAAUUUCUCAAACGCGCCAGGAAAGGCUACUACUAAUACUGCCCUUCCCGGGCAAACGCUUUCCACCAAUUUGUGGCAAUAAAAGUCUUACGGGUAUUGUUAGUUGAUUGAUUAUUCCAUUGAGUGUUGUACACUAGUGUCGAAUGUUCGUUAUCCACCAUGAUUACAUUUCCAUAUUAGUUUGGAAAUCGCUCUGGAAUAUAACACAACUAAGACACAAAAAAUAAAAGUAUUCGAUUCGCUGCCAUUUACGAAUAGCAAUUCGUAAAUGUGUACAGUAAUUCGAGCCAGAAAAUAUUUUUCUUCUAAAGCUUCGCUAGCUUUCAACAUUAUUGUUGGAAAGGUGGGAACUAUAAAUAAAAAUGAAUUUUUGACUGACUGUAAAGAGUUAUUCGUGACGUGCAGUAUAGAUGUACUUAAGAACAUAAUUGCAUUAUUUACAAAA